AUGGGUUGCAGGUCAUCUCGUCACAUAGAAGAAAAUGGCAAUUCUAUGUUAGAGAUAAAAUAUAGAGAACGCGAAACAUCAAUAAAACCUAAAUCACGAAACGAGUAUAAGGUUCUCGACAUACAUGAUCAAUCACAAAAUGUACAAAUUCAAGCACCAUCAGCGACACCAAAAUACAUUAGUCAACACAUGUCAGAAAAACCAUCACAUAUAAGAAAACCAUCUACAUCAACAACACGCAUCACGCCCAACUUUCCAACAUACAUUGAUGCAAAAUGUGAAGAAUUCCGAAUUUGGUUUACCACCGCAACAAAAUACUGUUACUGGAAACAAUUAGGAAAGCGUGCUUCGUUGCAACAACAAAUUUUCGCACAAAUAGUCUUGAAAAAAAUCAAUGAACUCGAGAUCUGUUUACGCGAGAAACAAUUAUCGGAAGGUCUCCGGGACGAUGAUCCGAUUGUGGUGGAUCGCCUAAAGAAUUUAAAGAGAAGUCAAGUAUUUUGGCAGGUUUUUUUAGGAAAAGGUGUUUUUAUCGAUUUACAUAAUGAACCAAUUUUUGAAAAAUGGUUUUAUCUGGAUUGGGAACAACAGUUUGGGUGUAAAAAGAAGGAUUCUAGUUGUGUUGGUAAAAAUGUAAGGGCAAAGGCAAAAUGA